UAAACGAAAGAAACAUUAAAAUUAUUUUCCUGUAUGAAACAUUAAAACAAAAUUACAUUGUGAACAACAUACACUCUAAAUUUCUUGAGAGAAACAUGAACCAAAAAACUGUACCUUUGGCCAGCCCAAUUCUAGUUCUCAUCCUGUUGAUCUUAUCCUCUCCGGCGAUCUCGCCGUCGCCGGCGGAUGGGAAGAGCCACUUCGUGCUGGUGCACGGGGGUUGCUUUGGGGCGUGGUCAUGGUACAAGGUCUCCACCAUCCUCCAGGCUUCCGGCCACGCCGUCACGGCGCUGGACAUGGCCGCCUCCGGCAUCGAUCCGCGCCAGCCCAAGACAAUCUCCUCCGCCGCUGACUAUUUUCAGCCUUUGAAUGACUUCUUGGCUGCUCUGCCUCCCGGCGAGAGGGUCGUUCUUGUUGCUCACAGCUUCGGUGGGCUCGGACUCGCCGUAGCUAUGGAGAAUUUCCCGGAGAAGAUCGCCGCCGCUGUUUUUGUGGCCGCCGUAAUGCCGGGCCCUAAUCUCACAGUUUCCGCUAUUGGGAUAGAGGAUGAGAAGCAACGAUUUCCGGCGUUGGAUAGCCAUUAUCUAUACGAAAAUGGAGAGGAUAAGCCUCCAACGUCUUAUAUUUUGGGGCCGCAGAAGUUAGCAAAACAUCUCUUUCCACUCUCACCACCACAGGAUUUGACAUUGGCGAAGGCGUUGGUGAGGCCUCUUCCUGUGUUUGAAACCAAAGAUUCUGAGUUUAAUUUCACAGAAGAGAGAUAUGGGUCUGUGAAAAGGGGUGUAAUUGUAACGGAGAAAGAUUUAAUGGCGACCAGAAAAUUUCAAAUGUGGAUGAUUCAGAACAAUCCGCCUCAUAUUACAGUGGAGAUUAGAGCAUCCGACCAUAUGGCCAUGGCGUCCAAGCCACGCCAGUUUGCCCGUCAACUCCAACGCAUUGCCAACCAACUCUUCCUGUUCGACUUUUGAUAAUUGUCACUCUAUUUUCUAUUCAACGUAAGACUUUAUUUGUUUUUUUCUGUAUGGGAUUAAUAUAAUGCAGGAAUAUGGAGACUGAAUUGCUGUUUAUGUUUUUUUUUC